UUAUUGUGAUUAAGGGAUGCAAAGUUUUAUUUCUAAAUAUAUGACAUGAGCACUAAAAAUAUGUGAAAGAAACAGUGCGCAUUACUAAAAAGGCGCGGAGAAUCCAAAUUUUUCGGUUUAUAAUGAAUAAUAAUGAAUAUAUUGAAUCAAAAUGAACUGUGUUGGUAGGGAGAAAACGUGCACAGAUUACAUUUCUCACAUCGUACAUCACUUGUAGUUUAACAGAUUUUCAUCGUUAAAUAAAUAAAAAUAAAUAAGUAAAAUAAAUGAAUCAAGAGGAAGCGAAGCAAGCGCAAUGGUGACGCCAAGACUUGCUCUUGCGCUGCGAUGGCCUACGCGAGAGUGCGCUCACGCCGUGCGGGGGCGCGUGGUGUGUUGCAGCGCUACGUGGUGAGCAGCGACCGCAAGGUGUACUCGUACGACCGCUUCAUGCCGCUCAUCUUCAUCGGCGGCGUGCCCCGCUCCGGCACCACGCUCAUGCGCGCCAUGCUCGACGCGCACCCGGACGUCAGAUGUGGUCAGGAGACUCGCGUGAUUCCACGAAUACUUCAAAUGAGGUCACAUUGGCUCAAAUCUCAAAAGGAGAGUCUGAGGUUGGAAGAAGCUGGUCUCUCCAAAAAGGUCUUAGACUCAGCGAUUGCAGCUUUCUGUCUGGAGAUCAUCGCACGCCACGGGGACCCCGCACCCCGACUGUGCAACAAAGACCCUCUCACCUUGAAAUCUGCUGCGUACUUGGCAGAAUUGUUUCCACAAGCUAAGUUCAUCUUCAUGCUAAGAGAUGGGCGAGCUACUGUGCAUUCUAUCAUAUCACGAAAGGUUACUAUAACAGGAUUUGACCUAACAAGUUAUCGACAGUGUCUAACAAAAUGGAAUUCAGCUAUUCAAAUAAUGUACAACCAAUGCAGGGAAGUGGGCUCAAGUCGUUGCUUGAUGGUCCAUUAUGAGCAGCUAGUUUUGCAUCCGCGGGAAUGGAUGCACAAAAUUCUUGGUUUUCUUGAAGUGCCAUGGAACGAAACAGUUCUGCAUCACGAGGAACACAUAAAUAAACCAGGAGGCGUCUCUCUCUCCAAGGUUGAACGCUCCUCAGAUCAAGUAAUCAAGCCAGUGUAUUUAGAUGCUCUCACCAAGUGGGUGGGUAACAUCCCAGAAGAUGUAGUGCGGGACAUGGCAGAAAUUGCUCCAAUGUUGUCAGUGUUGGGUUAUGACCCAUAUGCCAAUCCCCCAGCAUAUGGGUCUCCAGACGCUUAUGUGGCGGACAAUACGAAGCGAAUACGUGCCAAUGGUCGUCUGUGGGAAGACAAAGCCAAAGCCUUAUUGGAAGGGCAUCUAGAAGACUCUGCCUCUGAUAUGCCUCCAGCAGCGUGAUCAACCCAUUGGCUCAUUGAUGACACUACUCCUUUGGGUCCAGUGGUAGUGAAUUUGAUAAGAAACAAAAAUUCUCUGUAACAACAUGAUGACAGGGAUGUUACUUACUUUUCCUACCACAACAGAAAGUCUAGUCUAGUUUUUAAGUUUUUUCCCUUUUUUCUAGCAACCUAUCCUUGAAUGCAGAAAUGUUAAAUAAUACUUUGAAACACUGAUACUUUGUUUCUGACUAUUUGGAAAUAAUAUUAAUGAAAUUUCUUGGUAAAAUUCAAAACAUGAAAAAAGACUUUGUUUUCUUAUUAUGUAAUGUUCUUUACUAUUACAGUUACAAGACAAUACAAUUACAAUUAAUAUCAGUUCACUGUUCCUUAUCAUAUAGCUUAAUGCUUUGAUAAAGUGAAAAAUCCUUUUGUAUACAACACUAAAAAGACAAAUGUAGCAUUGUCAGGAACAUUGCGUACUUAAUACUACCUACUGUUUUUGAAAAGGAUGAAGAUGAUACAAGUACAUUCCUCUUGUGAAUGUUUCAAUUUUAUCAUUCUACAAUUCAACUUCUUAUUGACCGAAAUCCCUGCCUUGUACAGUGGCCAGUUUAUAAAAGCAACUCUAAUAUGAAAAACACAUGAAUGUGAAAAUACAAAUCUUUCACUUUCACUGUGGUAUUAAAAUAAUGCACUUCCCCUUUCCAUGCUCAACCCAGCAAUGUUUGCAGUCAGCAAGUGCCAUGUCUGCUGUGAGACUUUCUUUUACAUAUAAUAUACAAGAGUGAAAUAAAUACACACAAGCACACUGAUGCCAGCCAGUGGUAAAACAACAUGCAUGGAAAAAUGUAUUUGACUAUGAUAUGUCUGUGAGCUUUGUGAGAAAUUAUGUAAAAAGCAUAUACAAUGUUUGUAAUGCAUCAUUUUAAAGUAAUGAUGUAUAUAUAUUUUGUUUAAUAGAGAUGUGGCAUACUGAAAUUUGUUUUUCUCAUUACCCUUUAUUACAUUACAAAAUCAACCAAAAAUAAUGUAUCAAAUGCUUAGACACAGGUUUCCUAGAAUUCAUAAAUCAUUAUUACCAUAUUUCUCCAAGGUCAUUAUUGAACAUUAUUUGAAUGCAUAAUAUUUACCACUAAUUUAACUACAACUACAAUGCCAUUGCAAAUUAAAUGAGACAAUUAAACACACAUUUAAAUACAGUUAACCCGUGAUUAUCCAUGGUAAUUGGGACCAAAACUACCUACAUUCAAAAAAAACUUGUAAAGUUCAUUGUUUAUUUGGUAUAGGAUUAUGAAUAAAAAGAAAAGGGUAUAUUAAACAAUUUUGGUGAGGCACAUUUUCACAAAAUUAUUAAUAUUAAAUAAAAAGGAAUUAAUUUAAUCUUUUGAAGAACAAAAUUCUUUUCCAAAGUGUUCAAUACUUUUCUAGAAAGCAACUUCAUUCCCCUCCUGGACACAGCAAUGUUAUGCCUUGCUGUAGAUUUUGUUGUUAGUUGUAAUAGCAACAGCAGACUCCCUUUUCUUCUUAAACAUUGCAUUUCAACAAAUUCCUUUCAUUUGCAAAUUCUUAGAGAAAAAAUGUUUGCUUGAUUCUAAAACCGAAUAUUUCCUUAUAAUAAAUAUUGUAUAUGGAGACUUUGCAAAAGAAACUUGCAGUAUGGAAUGUAUAUUUUAUGUAUUUCUGAUGAAAGUUUUCAAACAAAAAUUUCAAAUUUUUACUACGAAUCUUACAUUAAUGGCAACAGUUUGCUCUGCAGAGUGUAAGACAUUUUAUUUCUAUGUGGAAUUGUAUACAACUUAUUCUAAAGAGCACAGUCAAUUCUGAAUCACAUGGAAUAUUACUUUCACAAGCAAAUAUAUAUUUUUGUGCUAACUGCUAAUCUUGAGACAAAACGUGCUUCAAAACCUGGAUAUAUAGUCUGGUUCAGAUAACUGUAUCCUGUAUGAAAUGACUUUCUAUUAUCAAUACCUACUUCAUUUCAAAGUGCUGAAAAUACAUUAUUUGAAGGGAAAUACAAAAUACAUAAAGUUGAUGUGUGUGUGUUCGCUGAAUAUCAUUGCUGUUACCUUCAAAGCACAAUACAGUUUUGUAAUUCUGCACAAAUUAUUCCAAACAUAUAUCACACAUUGAUUGCAUAUUAAUAGCAAAAAGAGUAUUACCAUAACUUUUUUUUUUCUUCUUCUUUUUCCAAAGUAAGAAAAUUUUUUUUUUUAAAUUAAUGAUACAUUGUUAUUGUCAUUUGCCUCUCGAAAUCUUUCUGUACCUGCCCUUACUUAGAACAAUAUGAAUGGGGUCGCCACUUCCAUAUCAGUCAAAUAUUAUUAUAAUACAAUGUAAUAAAAAUAUAAUACGGAUGUUGGUGUAUCAGAGAUCAAUUAACUCUGACCAAUCUUCAUUAAAGUUGGCAUGUGAAACUGUUUUUCUUUGAGAAGGUUUUUUUGCUGUUCACUUUGUUGUAACUCUUCACUAGAUGGCCCAUCAGUUAAAUGUAAUCCUAUUCCCCCUGGGCUUCAUUGAGCGUGAUUGAGUAGAUCAGAAUGAGCGUGUAGUGUAGGACAUGACGAAACUCAUACUGAACGGAGAGGGGGUGAUUAUGGUACAAGAACACCAUGUCAUAGCAGCACUGAAAGAUCAGGUUAAUUCUGCUACUAUUAACUAUUCGUCUCUCAUUAUUUGUAAAAUCAAAAUGUUUACACAUUAUAUGUGACACUGAUAUUACUACACAUUUUUUAUACUUGCAAUUAUUAAAUGAAUUGUAAUGUUUUCUUCAAGUGCACUUGUGAUCGUUCCUUGUCAGGUAUUUCCACUAUCCUUGCUGAAUUAUUUCUCAUGUUGGUAAAUUUGCAAUUUUCUCCUUCUUAACAUUACCCUCACUUUGAAGAAUGUGAUUGAACAUGAAUAUUUAUGAAUUGAACAAUAGUUAUUUAUGCACCAACGGAAAUUAUAAGGAUUCCAAUAAUUAAGCAGUGCCAU